CCCUGUACAUGGUCUAAACUUAUGACUGGUAUGAGCCAUGAGCAGGUAUGAGUAAUGCACGCGUCACUAGUAGUAAAAAUGGCGUCGGUGGAUGUAGAGCGUAUCAAGUUGGAAUCUACCCUGCGUAACUUAAAAUUGUCGGGUCACGUUGGAUUCGAUAGCCUCCCCGAUCAAUUAGUAAAUAAAUCCGUUCAGAAUGGAUUUAUAUUUAACAUUCUUUGCAUUGGUGAAACUGGGCUUGGGAAAUCGACCCUCAUGGAUUCUCUUUUUAAUACCAGCUUCGAAUCUACUCCAAGUCCCCAUAAUCUUCCCUCUGUGAAACUCAAAGCCCAUACUUAUGAACUACAAGAGAGCAAUGUUAGAUUGAAGCUUACUAUUGUUGACACAGUUGGCUAUGGGGAUCAAAUUAACAAAGAAGAUAGCUUUAAGGCUGUUGUCGAUUAUAUAGAUGCUCAAUUUGAAGCUUAUUUGCAAGAGGAGUUAAAGAUCAAGAGAUCUUUAGCUACAUAUCAUGAUACUCGCACUCACGUUUGCCUAUAUUUUAUUUGCCCAACAGGACAUGGGUUAAAAUCGAUUGAUCUAGUCUGUAUGAAGAAGCUCGACACAAAAGUUAAUAUCAUUCCUAUUAUUGCCAAAGCUGAUACAAUAUCAAAAACAGAACUACAAAAAUUCAAG